AAUCGGGAAGCGAUCUUCGCACAUCCGAAGUUUGAUUAAGUACGAAUAUUCUUUUGUUACGCGAUUUUGGUUAACGGACACGCUCGAUGACAUAGAAUCUACGGCCCUCCAGCAAAAGUUAUUUUUGGACGAUGACGUCAGGGAUGAUCAUGCGCAGUUCAUUUAGCUCCUUCUGAGUUUUCAAUCAUGGCUUUGCCACGAGAAAUCUCUAGAUUGAAAGCGAUCCUUUCUCCCGCGUGUAAAAGUCUUUUUGUUUUCAAAGGAUUUGUCAUUCAGUGUGUUAGAUCAUUAAGUCUGGAUGAGCGGAAGGCUUUUCGGCACUGGUGUUUAGAUAUUAUUCCUAGGUCGAAGUUAGAUGUCGACUUAAGUGAUGAUGGUGAGAUGUACAGGCUAAUUGAGUUUCUUGGCAAUGAUGGUAAGCUUUCUUUUACCAAUUUCUCACUGCUGAGAAACUUUUUAUCGAUUGUUCGUCGAUUUGAUAUUCUUGAAGAGUUAGAACGGGUCGAGUUACGCAUAUGUGUUGCUAGUAUUAUGGAGGAUUACAUCGUCAAGUUUGUGUAUGGUUUCCGAGAAGGUGUUUGUAUCAAAAUGGCUGGUAGAUAUACGAACAUUGUAGAGUUUUUGCGUACCACAAGAGAAGGGAAUCAGGAACUGAUCUCUUCGAUCCUGGAAGUAUCGAGACAAGUUAACGACAGUAGUAAGAUGUUGGAGGUUUUGGAUAACAUGAUUCUGGAUUUACAACUAUCAUGGUCUACGGUUAUGUCUUCAUUGGUGAUUAUGGGUGAGCUUUGUGCUUCGUUCAGUCCAGUCGAUGUCGCAGAAAAAGGUUGCUAUCUUUGUCUGUUGUCCGAGACCAGGGCCAGCGAGUUUCUAACAGUGUGGAUGCUAGAAAAUGGCGGUCUGAAAGCUUUUGACGAAUUGAUCAGGAAAAAACAAGAUGUUACAAGUAAUGGAGCUGUGCUGUCAUCCAUUGAAGACUCUUUGAGAGAAAGCAUUGAAUUGCUUGGAAAUCGAAUUCAUAUCUAGCUCAGAAAUUGGCACUAUACUAUGCGACAGAUUCAUUAGGGUUGUUGUGAUUCAGAUUUAUUAAGGACCCAUUAAGUUUCGUUAACGUUAAUAAAACUAGGCUAUUCAGCCUAGGUUAUGCCCCCUCUCUUGGACUGCCGCCUUGCCGUGGUAGAGGGGCUUGUGUGUUUCUAUGAUCCUGAGAGCUUAGCCGGUGGAGGCGUCGCCUCUGGCAGGUACAACCAAACCGGAAAGAUCAACGGGAAGAUUCCAGACCAAAGUGCAGUCACCAAGUACAUAUUCAGUUGUAUGACAAGAGCUUAUACCCUUGCGUUCAUCACAAUGGAUAUCAGUGGACUUAUAUAUUAAUGUAUCAUACCAGUAUCGAAAUAGAUUGUUAUAUUGGUAUAUUGUACUUUACUGUAGUGUAUAUACUGUAUUAUACUGUAGUAUAUAUUGCACUAUACUGUAUCACAUUGCUGUAGAAUUGCCACUUGCCUGAAAGAUUUUCUUCUAGAAAAUGUAAAAAGGGAAACAUAGAAAUGUAAUAAACUGAAGCAAGGUUCAUUUAA